AUUGUUUAUUUCUUUCAUAUAAAAAGAAGACUGCAUACAUAUCUGUAUCCAUCACGUAUCCAUAUAAUUUGAAAAAUGUAAAGAUAAUUUCAUUGAUCCAUUGAUUAUCCAUGGUCAGUGUAUUAAAUUAUUGAAAACUGUACUAUACAAUUGGAUUCGUAUGCAGCGCCAUCAACGCGUGAUAAGAUGAAUCGCGAGAAGCGGUUGCGAGGGCUGUAGCACACAUUUACGUGUGAAAAUUUAAUUAACACUACUACUUCGUUAAAGUGUCUGUUUCGGGGUUGCACGAUAGAUUCCGGACAGAUUUCCCGAGUCGGCUGCGAAGCCGAUCGUUCGUUAAACGCAAAACCGCAAUCGAAAAUAGUAUUAGAAAUCGAUUUCGAGGUUUCUAGAAAGAAAGGGCCAUCGGAGUGUGAGAGAGACAGGCGGACGAUCUGCCACACUGCGGGGCGACGCGGGGAUAUUUUCAGUUAAUCAAAAAGUUCCAUAAAACAUGGCUGCACUUCCACGAAGGAUCAUCAAAGAAACACAAAGACUAAUGCAAGAGCCAGUUCCUGGUAUCAGCGCUGUGCCAGACGAUACAAAUGCUAGGUAUUUUCAUGUAAUCGUAACUGGACCUGAAGACUCGCCGUUCGAAGGUGGACUGUUUAAACUAGAGUUGUUCCUACCCGAAGAUUAUCCAAUGUCUGCUCCUAAAGUUAGAUUCAUUACAAAAAUUUAUCAUCCAAACAUAGACAGAUUGGGUAGGAUUUGCUUGGAUAUUCUUAAAGACAAGUGGAGUCCUGCUCUUCAAAUUAGAACAGUUUUAUUAUCCAUACAAGCGCUUUUAAGUGCACCGAACCCAGACGAUCCUUUGGCAAACGACGUAGCUGAACUCUGGAAAGUAAACGAAAGCGAAGCGAUACGCAAUGCCAAAGAAUGGACUCGGAGAUACGCUAUGGACAACUGAUCUUAGACCAUCUACGAAUGCAAAGUGACGUUACCCCUAUCUUUCCGAGUUUACCGAUCACUUUACCCGCACCAGCUGCGUACCCUGCACCUGUGUCCACAAUUUUGCUAUAAAAAAAAAUAAAAGUUUUGUAAGAGUAAAACAGAAUGAAACUGUAUUUUCUAUAUUGUGGGGAAUACAAAGAUGUGUUUAGAUUUACUUCAGCGGUUUGUCCAAGCAGACUUGUAAAGAAUCCUUUAACGUUGAGAAGUAUCAGUCGUAAAACGAGAUUCCUAUUUCAGCAAGAACGUAUAAUUUUGAUGAAUUACUAGUUUUUACUUGAACGAAAAAGGGAGAAAAACAACAUACCUUUGUAGUAAAAAUAAGUGAUUGUAGCAUAUUGCGUAAACAUUUUUUUGAUAAUAUGAUUACAGAAUGGCUUGUGCAAUCAGUAA